AGAAAAUGGGUUAAAAAAACCGGUUCCAGCGCUGCGUUUUCACACCGAACAAUCGCUUCGCCUGCAGCACCCAGAAGUGAACAGCAGGCGACCCGGAAGGUUUGAAGUCCGACUGAGAGCGAGCAGAAAGAAGAGUCUAAUCCUUUAUAUAUAUAACAUAAUAACAAUAAAUUAAAAACCAUCUCUGCUGCCGCUGGCUCAGGAUGGCUGAACCUCGCUUUAACAAUCCCUAUUUUUGGCCUCCACCUCCUGCAAUGCCCGGCCAGCUGGAUAACCUAGUCUUGAUCAAUAAAAUCAAGGAGCAGCUGAUGGCCGAGAAGAUCAGAUCGCCACAUCUGCCCCCUGCUUCAACCCCUUCCCAGCAGCCCUUGCUGGCUCCUCCGAGUCAGACAGAAGGCGGCCAACACGGGAUGUCCAAAGCUCAGCAGAUGCAGGUUCUCCACAGCCACAGCCCGUCUCAGCCCGACAUCGCCCUGCACGCCCGCCCCGCCUCCAGCUCCGUCACAGGUCGUAUUCUGGGAGAUGUAAACUUGAAUCUGGAUGAUAAGGCAGCUAUAAAAGCCAGAGGAUUAUGGGAAGACUGGCAUCUGCGUCAACUCAUAGAUCAUCCUUCCAGGACAAACCACGUCUCAGGUGUGGCGUUGGCGUCCAGAACAGGCAACCUCAACACCUCAGAGAUCAUCACCCCCACCACGCCCACCUCGAGCAGCCACAGCCGCCUGGGUGGAGCUCCCACCCCGCACCUCAUCUCAGGGUUAGCCUGCAGUCACGGGAUGGAGCACGGGAAGAACAACGGGGGCCUCGUGGGGCUCCUCGGCCCUCCUCCCAAAGAGGAGCGAGGGCGUAAGAAGAUCAAGGCGGAGAACGGAUCCUCUCUUUUGGUGGUUCCCUACCCGAUCCUCGCCUCAGGCAACGACCAGUCCUGCGUCACCAUUACCGCAAAAGAGGGGAAAACCUACAGGUGUAAAAUUUGUCCGCUGACCUUCUUCUCCAAGUCAGACAUGCAGAUUCACUCCAAAACGCACACAGAGGCGAAGGCUCACAAGUGUCCUCACUGCACCAAGUCCUUUGCAAACGCGUCCUACCUGGCCCAGCACCUGCGCAUACACCUGGGCGUCAAACCCUACCGCUGUUCCUACUGUGAGAAAUGUUUUCGCCAGCUCUCCCACCUGCAGCAGCACACCAGAAUCCACACAGGCGAUCGACCGUAUAAAUGCGCCCAUCCAGGAUGUGAAAAAGCUUUUACUCAACUUUCUAAUCUGCAGUCUCACCAGAGGCAGCACAACAAAGACAAGCCCUUCAAAUGCUCCAACUGCUACCGUGCCUACUCAGACUCUGCCUCGCUGCAGAUCCACCUGUCUGCACACGCCAUCAAAAACGCCAAGGCCUACUGCUGCAGCAUGUGCGGCCGGGCGUACACCUCAGAGACGUACCUUAUGAAGCACAUGUCUAAACACGCGGUGGUGGAACACGUCGUGUCCCAUCACUCCCCUCAGCACAGGACAGAGUCUCCCGCCAUCCCUAUACGGAUCUCCCUCAUCUGAGCUCCUCGCCCGUUUCCUGCCCUCCCACCACAGACGUUUUCCUGUGAUACCGCCGCUCUCGUCCUCUGAUGGACCACACGACCCGUAAACAGGUUCCAAAAAAUGUGCCAGAUUGCCAGUAUUUCGUGAAGAGGCGCUCUUUUGACGAGUAUAUCCUCCUCUCCUUUCUUGCUGACCAGAUAGUAUUAUCGGGGACAUCCAAAGAUGAUUUCUCAGCACUUUCAGGCCUGAACUUUACAGGCCUAAAAUUUCUUUUUCUAUGUGACUUCAUAGAAGAAAAGUAUUGCUCCAGGCAGCUACAUGGAAAAAUCUUUUUGAACUUUUUAUGUUCCACGGAUUAAUUUGUCUUUUUUUAUACGGUCCUUUACUUUCUUUACUCAAGUCAAGCAGAACUAGUCUUCCAUUAGCUGGAUGGCCAAGUUACCAUAAAGGUGAAUGCUUAUAUAAAGUGUAUUCAUGUGUAUAGUGCCACUUCAUGUUAGUGUUUCAUCCAUCGUGUGGCCAUAAAUGCACACAUUCAUAAGGUUUUAACAUUUUUAUUGCAGCAGCUUCCUGUUGCCGAGCUCACUCUGACCAGGAUGAGUGACUUAUAAUCAGAUGGAUGGAUGCGUUUUUAAUGGUCAAAAAGUAUGUUCAAGGCAUUCCCUAAGUACAACAUUUAUUCAGGUGACGGUUUAAAAGUUCUAAAUAAGGAGCACUGAUGUAAAAUGUUUCAUACCAAGGCAGUAAAUGAACCUCAAACCACUGAAUUUUAAACUGUGAUGCAGUGAAUGUGAGCUUCUGCAUUCAAUAAAGUGUUACAAGUACAACAAAAACGUGUUUUUAGAAAAUCCAGUUAAAGCUGAAAACAUAUUGAUUCACAUUCAUUUGUCUUGCCAAAUACAUAUUUAUGAUUGGUACGUUUAUUAGUCCAUUUGUAUUUGAUGAGAUGCACAAAUAAAUGAAGUGAAAGACCGAAACCAUGUGCAGACUGUCCAGAGAAACGCGAACAAUAAGCUUCCUGGAAGGAAAAAACUUUUUGAAUAUAGUUUUCUCCAUUGAUUUAUGGAUGAAUAUUUUUCCAUUUUAUAUGCAUAUAGGCCUUAACUUUGUUACAACUCUAGGGUCCAUUCUGUUGUUCACUUUACAUUUGCCUUUUAUGUCAUGGCAUGAUAUAUACUGUAAAUAAACUAUAUCAACUGUCAACCCAUUUUUUAAUAAAUAGUUCUAUAAUUUCA